AUGACAGUUGUUUUUCCACAGGCCCAUCAUUUUCGCCGAAAGGCAGAUCAGUUGGUGGCAAAGGAAAAAUUUGAAGAGGCGAUUUUAUGCCAUAGUAAAGCAGCAGAGCUGAUGAAAGAGGCCUGGUCAGUGACACGGAGUGAACAGGUACGACUGUCUUUAGAGCUGCAGAGAGAUAGACAUCUCCAACAGCAGCGACUGAUCAAGAUGAGCCGCAAACAGACUAAACUCAAAGGAAAGCUCCUGGUCAGCCCGAUAACACACUGCACCAGUCCAACAGCCCUCCAAAGUCCUCCACUCGGCUGGAAGGCUGCCAAAGACGACAAGACUCGGCUGGAAGAGCAGAGCACUGCCAUCGCUGACCUGUGGAAGCUUGUGGCGGUUCUGCUGCUGGAGAACAAGCGGUUGCUGGAGGAGCAUGAGAAACUGAAGGCAGAGAAUGCUAGUCUGAAGAGAGACCUGUAUGAGGAGCAUCAGAGCCCUCCGGCUUCUCUAGAUCAGCCUUCACCGCUGGGCAUGAGGCUCCUGCACGUGCCUCCUGACCUCCAGCAGGAGAUCCAGCUGCUGUUGAAGACGGCAAAUGACAGCUAGACCUGCAUCCACCUACGGCACCGCUCAAAAGAUUGGAGAAUUACGUUUUUUUGUCUAUUGUCUCUUAUGCUGGCUGCAUUUAUUUGAUCAAAGAUAUAGUACAACAGUAAAAGGGAAAUAAUAUUACUAUUUAAAACAAGUUUUUUUU